CAAAAAAUCUUUGAAAACUCACUUCUUCAUUAAAGCGUAUCAAUUAAACUGUCAGCAGGUUUCUCAUCCCCCACCCCAUGACUCCUUUCCUGCAACUGUAAAAAAUUACCUACCAAGCAAUUCAAUAAACCCUUCUCUAACAAACUAUUUAAUUCCCCUACUUUAACCCUUUGUGUCACUAUACCCCACUCCCUCUAGCAUGUAAGCUCAUCGAGCAGGGCCCUCAACCCCCUCUGUUCCUGUACGUCCAGUGGUCUGAUCUCAAUUAUGUGUCUGUUAGUCCACCCAUUGUACAGUGCUACGAAAUUUGUUGGCGCUAUAUAAAUAAUAUAAUAAUAAUCCCUGACAAAGUGUGCCGAAAACACUGCCAGUGCCAGUAAGUCAUGUAUUCAAUGAGCCAGUGAAAUGGUAGACACCGAGAGAUGUGGUUUCCGAAAUGAAAUGAUCUGGUGAUGUCCAUGGGGACAAAUGGAGCGUGUGCGUUCCAAAUAGGAUUUCACACACAAAACUGGGCACAAUGCAGGCUUAUCUGGAAAUUCUGGAUAAAGUACAGAUUUAGUAGAAGACUUCGUCCUACGAGUAAUAUCGAAAGACAUUCCCUCGGGAAGGAAAACCAGAGCAUCCCAAUCCCAAGGCUCUCACAUCAGACACACGCUUGCAUGAUAUCAGGCAGAGUAGCGUGAGUAGCUUCCAUGAGAGUUGUUUGAGAUAACGUACCAUCUGGAAACCAAGAUUCCAACAGACGUAACACCAAAUUGACGUCUCAGAAUGUGUUAUAUCUUGCCCGAGGAGGUCUAGAAAACGUUAUUCCUUUUAAUAAUCUACAGACUAGUGGGUGUCUCCCGAUAGGGGAUCCAUCGAUGCCACAAUGUAAAGCAGACAUCGCAGAUCGGAAAAUGUUCACCGUCCUAUAAGCCUUUCCUGCAUCGAAGAUUUAAGUCAGGAAUUGAAGAACCAUUUUCAGAGGGGUAGUAGCUGGAUCCAGUGAUCGUUUUGAGCACCAGCUAGCCCAAGAUCGCCAUGCAGUCCGGUAGGCCAAUCUUGUGCCCGGGGCCCAAGUGUUCUGGAGGAGUCGGAGAGUAGACGAACGCAACGAAUAGUCCAGGUACUCCUGAAACCAACCAAGCCAACGAGUUGGAGAUGACCUUGAUCCACCAACUUGUGCGAUUUACCAUCUGGAUCUGUUAGGAGCCAAGGCAUGGUCGGGAUUAAACGUGGGAAAUCCAGAGACAUCUCCAGAGGGCGCAGGAACCAUGGCUGAGUUUUUCAUAACGGUGUGAUGAUCACCAUAGAGCACCUGUGCCUGCAUGGUGGAAAUGGUGGAAACGCUUGUCCGGCCAUAUCUGCAGAAAUGCAUUCACCGCCAGCGCGUUCAGAUCCAGUCUCCAGCUGUAGGAACGAGGUAGCUGAGAGUUCAGUCUGGAAGCAAAUAGAUCCAGUAGGCCCCACAGGCGCUCGAUUGUCUGAAAGACUGAAGCAUAUGUAGAUGCCAAUCUCCUGUUUCCCGAAGAUAUAUCGAAUUCCAGUCCACCCAUGAGUUAUCCAAUCCUGGAAUAUGUCCCGCUGUGACUAAAAGUUUGUUGAGAAGGCAAAACUGCCAGAAGUCUUUUGCCAGGUUCGCCAAUAGUUUUAACUUUGUGCCCCCUAAACGAUUGAUAUAGCUCACUGCUGAUACGUUGUCCAUCUUGAGUAGGAUGCAGCAUUUCGCCUUGUUAGGUGCCACGCUGUGGAUGGCAGAGGACCCUGCUAACAAUUAGAUUCCGUUGCUGUGCAUUGAAGAUUCCUCCGCCAACCAUCUGCCUCCGGUAGAGCUAUUUCCGGAACGAGCAGCCCAGCCGUGUAAGCUGGCAUCUGACUCGAUAACCAUGUCGGGUAUAGUCCCGGAGAUUGUCCGGCCAUUCCAUACCUCCAUGUGGGCAAGCCACCAUUCAAUUUCCUCCCGAGCUUCGGAAUCUAGAGUGAGGCGCGACUCGUAAGACUCGGUAGUGAAGUGGCGCCUGGAUGGAAGAGGAGAGUAGUCCUAUCUUCCUCGCUAGCUGUUGUACCGACAAGAGUACAUUUGAUCUCUUUCCUCAUGGUUCUGAGCUUGGUGUCUGGAAGGUAGAGGAACUGGGUGAGCGAAUCCACGUCGAAUCCCAGAAACUCUAUCAUCUGAUUUCUGUGUAGAAUAGACUUUUCCCAGUUGAUGAGAAAGCCCAGGUCUUGUAAAAGCUGUGCCGGCCAUUGCAGGUGGGUACAUAGACUAUCUGGUGAGUUCGACAUGAUGAGGAUGUCUUUCAGAUAAAUGAUCAGGCGUACCCCUCGUUCUCGAAGGAAUGACACCACUGGUUUAAUCAGUUUGGUGAAGCACCAUGGAGCAGAAGAGAGUACGAAUGGAAGACAGGUAAACCUCAAUUUCCUGCAGGACUUAUCUUUCUGCAUUUGUAUCCAUUUUUUGUAUCACUCAGCCUUGUUACAAUGCAGCUACCCAUCCCAUGUGUUCCCUAUUAAGGGUUAAUAAUAUAUAGGGGUGUAUAUAAAAAAUACCCCUUUCUGUCUCAUUAGAGAUCUUUGCCAGAAGUUCAAGGAAGCAAGGUGAAUGAUUAGAGUUAGGACCCACCUGGGGGGGGUGGGGGGUGGGGGGGGGGUCUGCCUUGACGUUGGAAGGUGGGUUUAUCCUCUCAUGGCCAUUGGAGGUAACUAAAAAAACCUCCAUUUGUUUAAAAAUACAUAGGGAUUAAGGAGAGAGUGCACGUAACUUGUUUUUCUUUGGUUUUUACCUGCUAUAGGUGGCAGUGGGAUAAUGGGGGUAAUGGAAGGGCCUUCGGUCUCCUUGCCUUGUGCCUGCAUGGUUAAAACAAGAGCACAAUUCGGAGGUGACAAAAGUGAAAAACCAGUGAUUAAUGGCCUCCUCCAGGCGCUUUCUGACAGUGCGCUGAAACGGCAGGCUCUGCCCCAAUGGCAAGCCAACCUGGCGGUUAGAUCAAACGCAGUCCCCGCCCUGGAGCACAGCAAAGCCGCUGAGCGGGUUGCGACACGCGACUCUCGGACAAAGAACAGGGAGGGAGGGAAGGAGGCAGGCAAUGAAGAGACAGGCUAAGCCGGCUCCCAGGGAGGGAGAUCCGCGGCUCAGUUUGCACAAAACAGUAGAGGUGGUUGGUGCACCCCAGCCACUGACACAUAAAAUUAACAAGCCAGUAGGGCACAAAUAAUUAAAGCCAUACAAAGUUAAAUAAAAUAUCCACAAAAAUACUUAGCUGGUCUGAGGGAGCAGCAAAGAAAGAGGAAGUUCACUGAUUGGACCACUACUUUUCAUAGACUAUACUCUCUGUUGAAUAGCUGCCCUCUUCCUAGGCAGUUUAUUGUAUUAUACUUUUUUUCUCUCAUUCUUUGAUGCUGAGGGAAAUAAAUAGAAAGAGAAUGCAUAAUAUGGGCCUCCGUGUCAUUAAUAAAAUUGAAAAGCGGUCUGGUCACUAAGGGGUUAACUGAAGUCCACCCAGUCUUCCUACCUUUGGAAAAAUACUCUUACUCUGUUGUGCUUUCAGUUACGCUACUUGGGCCUUAAAUUUGAAAAUCACUUUGAAUUCUCAGUUUACUGAAUAACUCUGUAAAUGUUUAAACAUAUUUACUUCUACUUGAUAUGUUUAUUAUUCACCAUCCGUACAAUCAUAUUUUUAGAAGUUGCCUAUUAGUGCCUAGCUCAUAUUGAGUGGUUUCUGCCUACUUAACUGCUAAUUGCAGGAUAUGCUCUCAUCACAAUGAGCUAAACAUUUAUUUUAGUUGUAUGAGAUCGACUCAAUACGUUCAUGUGACUAUUUCUGUAAGGCUAUGAGUGGCUAAUACUGGCUUGUUCGUUAACUGAUUUUUAUCUUAGUAGAUACAUUCCACAAUGGUUUUUGCCAUUAGUGCUUGUGUUUAUGAAAAUAAUACAUUUAGAAUUAUGAGUUUAGUAGUAAGACUCUUCCCUGUCUUCUCACAUUUGUAAACAUUGUACUGUAUCCGCAUGCAUUACACUUGCACUUUGAUUUCAGUGGCUGUAUUGUGAUGCACUAGUAGCUACUGUUUAUUUCUAUAUUUGAGGGAGGAACAACUGAAAGCUUACUUUUUAUUUUGUAGUUAAAGCAAAUAUAUGUGGAUAACAUGACUAGGGAGGAUGCAACGGUAUAGUGCCAGGAAAACAACUUUGAUUUCCUGGCAUUAUAGUUUCUCUUUAACGAAUGGAAAAUAAAAUUUUAACGGUGUAAUAACUACAAAGUAGGCUAGUAAGUACUCGCUGUCUUUAUAAUGCUAAGGAGAGAUAUUGGUCAGAAUGUUCCCUGUGCAGUGCAGGCGUAAACCGGCAUAAACCCUUAUACAUUAAAAGAACCAGACUAUUUAAAUCCCUGCUGGUACCAAGAAGCCCCAGAUAUCAUUGGAUACCUGAGGGUUAGAUCUGAAUCGUAAAACACGGAGCCCCAGGUAUCUUUUGAUACCUGUGGGUCUGUCACCUGAGGCCGCAAUAGGUACCCCCAGACAGACAGAUGAGCUAUGUGCCGUGCUCAAGAUAAGCAUUUAACCCCAUAAGGACAUCGGAUGUAUUAGGUGCGUCCGACAAAAAAUUGGUCCUUAAGGACUGCGGACGUACUUGAUACGUCCGCUGUGAAUUAGAGCGCUGGAAGCAAUAAUCAUCACUUCCAGCCACCCUAACGGUAUUGCAGCGAUGCCUCAAUGUCGAGGCAUUGUGCAAUACCCCCCCCCCCCCUCACUGCCAGGCUGCUGGGUGAUCGCUGUGUCUUUAAGACAAUAAAUAAAUACCUUAUAAUAAAAGUGUAAUUUGUAUAAAACUAUUAGUGCAGAGAUAUGUUAUACCCAAAGUGGCAAUGUGCACUGUUCAAAAACACACUGUGUAUAAAUGUGCAAAAAUGUGAAAAAAACACUAAUGAAAACUCCUUUUCACUCACUUAGGAGUAUCCCACUCUGCUUGUUUCAAGGUUCCAAUGUGAAACCUAAAAAGAGAAAAAAAGGACAAACACAUAGGGCAAUAUGUAUGCAUACAAAAAAAUAGGUAAAAUAAACUGAAACACUCACAAAAAAAUGAAAUCCCAUAGAAGUAAAAGUUUAAACAUUAAAAAAGUAAGUUUUAAUGCCAUGUAUGAAACAUUUUCACCGCUUUUCUGGAGAACCAAAAAAAAUAAUUUUGUUUUUGCUAUAGAAGGAAAACGAUAUAUAUGUUUUGGUUUGCGGUAUUCCUUGAUACAUUCCAUUUUAUCCAAUGCAGAUUGUCUCCAUGUUUCAUUAUAAAGCAUGCAUGAUGUUUUUUGUUUUUGUUUUUUUCCUGUUUAGAUGCUUGUAUCUAAUUCCAGUGCUCACUAUUCUGCUCUUUGUUAAUAAAUCAACUUGAUACUUAAAGAUGAUUUAUAUUUUAUUUUUCUAUCCUUGAAAGAGCAUUUUUGUAUUGCAUGGUUUUUGUUUUUGUUUGUUUGUUACUGGCUCUGUUUAUUUAUUUUUUCCUUUCCAUCUGUUCUACUAAUACCCAGAGCCUACCUGUUACUAAUCUGCAAUGCCCUCAUGAUCCCUGUCAUUGCCACUUACUUUAAGCCGCUGUUUGUGUCUCCUUUCUGUCAAUCAAGUGAUUUUAAAACCCUGUGCCGUAUUCCACCACUGACUUGAAGUACAAUGAGUUGGUUGGUUUUCAUUACCAUGAUGCAUGUCUAUAUUGUAGUUAAAAUGCUGCAGUUUUAUGUUGAUUUGAAAAAAGAUCAGGGUUAUCUGAGACCAAUGCUUUUGGAUCAGGGUUAUAUAUAAUUAUAAAAUGCUGCUUCAUGCAUUCUUUAUUCACAAAUAUGCCUCUUUGUCUUGUCAGUUCUAAUGACACAGAAGCUUGUGUCUUGGUGCUGUAGCAUGGACUCCCUGCUGAGGAAAACAUCCUAGAUUAUGGGACAGGGGUGGGCAACAGCUGGCAUUGCACAGCCUCCCCUGCUGCCAUUAGUAUUCAGUAAAAACUACAGUGCCAAAAACAUUUAAAUGAGAGCUGGAAGUAUUACUUGAAAUCAGAGGCCCGUAUUUUCAUUUGCACAUUGGGUUCUUCUCUAUUAAGCUUCCAUUUCCGAAUAGAAAUACUGGUCUUGAAAUACAGAUUAUGUACAGUUAUAUUUUAUUGUUUCAUGAAAAUGUAAGGUCAGAGAGAAGCCAGUGAAACUGUGUAUCUGUACAGAUCUACGAAUAUCCCAAAAUGUAUUUAGAAAUUAUCUCUCUUGUGAUCUGUACAAACUGUGCUCAGUGUUGUAUGCCAAGAGUUUAGCCCUGAAACACAAGCAUGCAUCACAGUGUGUGGCGGGCCUAUCAAUACAAUGAGUUCAACAAAAAAAACCCAAAUAGAAAUAAUUAACAACCAAGUUUAACUGCUAAAUAUUUUUUUAUUCCUACCUUUGAUGUGUGCGUAUUUCAGCCACAACAUGAUAAUCACUGACAGGUGAAGUGAAUAACCUUGAUUAUAUUGUUACAAUGUCACCUGCCAAGGAGUAGGAUAUAUCAGGCAACAAGUGAAGUCGGGUGUUGAUUUUCCUUUGUUGGCAGCAGGAAAAAUGGGCAAGCACAAGGUUCGGAGCGACUUUGACAAGAGCUAAAUUGUGAUGGCUAGACUACAGGAUCAGAGCAUCUCGCAAUGUCAAGUCUUUUGGGGUGAUCCCGGUAUGAAGUUGUGAAUACAUACCAAAAGUGGUGCAUGGAAGGACAAGCAGUGAACUAGAGGGUGUGGGGGAGGGACAUCAGUUUGCUACGUACAAGGCUGUGUAGCUGCAAACCGGUCAGAGUGCCAGUGAUGACCCCAGUCCACCACUGCAAGAUCUUUCAAUGGGCCUGUGAGCGUCAGCCUUUAAAUUCACUAGAUCUCCAUCUGAUUGAGCAUCUGUGGGAUGUGCUAGAACAACAAAUUAGAUCCAUGUAGGUCCCACCUCGUAACUUGUAUCUUGGUGCCAGAUAUCACAGGACACGUUGACAGGUUUUGUGAAGUCCAUACCUUCAGAGCUGUUUUGGCAGCAUACAAUAUGAAGUUUUAUGCUACUUCAAAGUUACUUGUCACCGCCUCACCCUCCAGGAGCAAGUAAAUUUCUGCUUGCCAGGGCCAAAUUGUAACUUAACAAUGGCUAGUGACUAGUGGAAAAUUUAGCAUUGUGUGUGUGUGUGUGUGUGUGUGUGUGUGUAUACCAAAAGAUUGGUGUGAUGAGGCCAAACAUGACACAACUUCUGACAGUGGAAAUACAAAAAAUACUCUAAUGCGUCACCUACAUAUCUCAAGUUAAACUGAGUUGUCCUUGGGCAUAGGAACUUGAGAAAUCAUGUUUCCAACUUGAUUGAUACAGCUUGUUCAUUGCUAGUUUCUCGUUGCUGAUCCUUAUGAAUCAUAGCCCAUGCUUUGGCUAAACACACACUUAGAACAGUUUCUGAAGUUUCUGUGCCUUACAAGAACCGAUUAAGGUCCAACUUGAGUUAUGCAAGUGAUGCAUAACUGUUUGUGUAUAGUUUCUCAUUGUGAAACAUUGUUUUGGAAGCUGGUUGAGAUCCAAUCAGUGAGAAGCAGAGGCUAGUUGAGAUCUGCAGUGGAAUGUAUAAGCAGUCGAGAGGAUGCUAGUCCGAAGAUCAGACUAAAGAAAAAGUGUUUAGGUUUGCUGCCCCCACCCUAACAAAAAUUAUAUAGGACUUAAGUUCAUAUAUAUUUCACUACAAAAAGAGUAAUGGGACACAUUUAGCAAGUAGUGUUCCUUUUAAAGGUGUGUUUUUUUGGGGGGGGGGGUUUUGUUUGUUUUUUCUAAAUUUUAUACAGUCUGUACUGUGCUCAUUCAAUUUCUGCAUUAGCCCUGAAUCUUGGGGGCUUAUUUAAACCCAGUAUAUAGUAUAACCCAGGUAUGUGUAUCUUUUAUUUCAUAGGUUUCUCAGUGGUUUUGCUAACACAAUUAAUAAAUACAAUGUAUACUUACCUGAAGUGAAAUUUUGUCAUCCUACUAUCGUUGAUUACAAUUUCUUUUUAACAUAUACCUUAUGUAUAUGUCAAUUUUUUUUAGGGUGAAUAAAAUGUUUUGUACGAAAGAGAAGUUAUUUGUUUGACAAUUGCAUAUUUUUUUUUUUUUUUUGUCAUUUCAAGGGACCCUGUAGGCUAACCAGCCCACAUCAUCUGUAAUUGUGAGGAUUCUUAAGCAAAGUAUUAAUUUUCAUAGUAUACAUCGUUUUAGCCAUAUAGCUACUGUGUUCAAUGAUUUACAAGGGUGCAAGUUUGAAGUUUGCUUUUUUUCUGUUUUGUGCUUAUUUUUUAAAACCUUGGGUGCCUGAUGUAAUCCUCUAACACAGCCAUUGCGAUGGCCUAAGGCUGGUGUUCAUGUUUGACAAUGCUUGUAUAGGUUAGCUGCCUCUGGUGUGUUCUUUGUUCUCCAGUGUAAAUGCCCUUGACAAGAAAUUAUGGAUAAAAUGAAAACCGUUAAAACUAUUUGAUAUGAUAACCAUUAAAUAUACAGGCUGUCAUUUUUCUUAACUUACUCCGUCCAUAAAUAAAUAGUAUAAUCAUAUAAUCAGUUGCUUUUUAUUUAUUUUAUACAAUUGGUGUCAAAGCAGAGCAUGUUGGUUCUGCAAGCCUUAUUAAAGGCAUAUGUGAUGGAACACCGCCACUGAGUGCCAUAUCCCUAUGUGCCCUCUGUCUAUUUCUAUGGGGGGAGAUGUGUGAUGGAUGGCCUGAUUUGUUUGGCACGGGCCACAAGCUUACGGCGCCAUUUUUGGGACUGUUUUACAUGUGCCUGUAUAUACAGCUGUGGGUCAACAAAGGGGUGUGGGGGCAGCAACUCUGUAAAGUAUAGUUAAGUGAAAUAUAUUGCUUGUCUGUGCCUCCCUUUUUCUGUCACAGCAUGGCGUGGUCACAGGGACACUGCCAGCCCAGUUUGAACUGGCUGAUUUGUCCAUCCCCCCAUCAGCUUCUUGAGAUUAAAAAAUCCUGGUGUAUUGUGUUGAAGACCCCAUGUGGGGGUCUGUGCAUGUAAAACCAUGUGUGAUGAAAUAAACAGAGGUCAGUCAGUGUUGUACCUCCAGAGCAGUGUGUCAUCCAGUUACUGGGGGGAAAUGGGUCUCUUGGUACUCUAAGUGGUUGGAGAAGUGAAGAAUUAAACAAUUGUAGCCUCUUUUGUCAACUCUUCUUCUCUUGCCUACAUCAUUUUUGUUUACCAAGCCCCUCCUGGAUAUCACAGGUCUCCCGUUUCUCGAUCUUACAAAACUGGCAAUGAAGGCUUAUAUAACCCAGCCAAAGUAUAGGUAAUGGGUGUGUCUAAAAUCAAAUUCAUUUUAUACACACCCACUGCACGCAUGAGUUGUGUCUGAAUGGGUCUGUUCCUUCUUUAUUAUACUUUUCUUUAACUGUUCUGUCAGGGGAGCCAUUUUAGGUAGGGUAGGCUCCAGGGCCUCAUUCUCAUACCUCCAUGACCUCCAGUCAAGCCUCUGGUGUGUUGGGGAUCUAGCCCACCCUGUCCACUAGAGGGCUUCUGGAAUCCAAACAGACUUUUGGUCCGUUAUCUGACGCUGGACGUCCUCACGGACCUCCAGUUUCAGAUUUUGCCCAUAGGAAAGCAUUGAAUAAUGCUUACCUAUGGGGAGGUCUAAUGCACCCGCGGCCAUUGCCGCACAUUAGGUGUCCCUUGCUGGCGGGGGAGGAGCGUGGGCUGAGUCUGACCCAGCGGCGAGGGACACCGGCACUGGAUUCAGGAAAGUGGCUGAAGGGGUUCUAACCCCUUCAGUCCCAUGGGACAGGGGGCACUCCAGGAGCCUAUAGUGCCAGGAAAACGGGUUUGUUUUCCUUGCACUAUAGGAUCCAUUUAAAUGUGUCUGGCAUCUGUUUCUGUCAGUAGGAACAAUCUAGUGGUGUGCAAUAGAUAACAUUUAAUGAAAAGAUUAUCAGUAGGCCUGCUCCCAUCAUCACAAAGUUCAUUGCUAUAGAUAAUGGCAGAUGCUGUUUCUUAAGUGAAUGUCAAUUUUCUAUUUCUGGCUUUUUUGCUAGCUUUUUCUGUUAUCUAAAUACUGUAAUUUUUAUAGCACCAACAUAUUCUGAGCAUUGUUAUUCUACCUGCGGUAUUAAUAAUAUUAAUAAUUAAUCAUAAUAUUUUAAAUCUACACAAAUCUUGCACUCUUACUAGAAAACCACAUUCAAAGGACUUUUCAUCUGCUUCAUGCAAUAUAUGUAUUGGGUCAACAUUUCAGUAAAACAAAGCAAACUCUCUUCAGGACAAUGCAAACAUAAAUAAUAACUUGUAUAGAGAUAUAUAAAGGCAUAAAGAUUCACUCACCCACCCUGUGAAACUGCCAGUUUGGUGCGGAACCCGAUUCAGAGUGAGACUCUGCACAAACCAAAAGUGACCGCCCCCUCGCGUCUUAACAUCUUGCUAUGGUAAACCAUUUUUGUAAAGACUCCUGAAAGUGAAUGUGAAGAAUGCCACAUAAGGCUCUCACCCAUAUUGAAUGAAUAAUAGUGAAAAGUAAACGCAAGCCCAAAGUAGAAAAGAAGAAAUACAUGUUAAAUACCUUAUACUGAUUUAAGGGAUGAAAAUAUUGUCGCACCAGGGAGGAGUAGAAAGCAAAUAUAAUUGGAUAGAACAAUGCUAUACUAUUAAGGCCAACAUCAACAAUAUAUCAGAUGCAAUGGAACUGUGCCGUAUUCAAUGGGUUGGUCUACUAAGGUGUGCUAUCUUAGCUGAACCCUAUAAAGAGACCUUGUGCUUUCUAAACACCCUCAUAAAGAUUACAAGCCAAGGCGGAUAUACAAAUCAUGAAAUGGAAAAAAGUUAAUCAAAAAGCCAUAUAGCAUGGAGAUGGCACAAAAAAAAAAAAUAUAGUUGUAAUAUACUCAAACCAGGGUAACCUAAAAUAUGGAAAGGCAGGUGGUUGGAGACACCAGUUUGUAUGUUGAUAUGGUCCAUGGAUUUAGCCAUUAAUGAAAGCAGCACUAAAGCCAUGAAAAUAAUAGCAUGUUCUCAUUACAGACACAUUAUACUCUAGAUGUAUGCAACCAGGGCCGGACUGGGAAAAAAAUUCGGCCCGGGCAUUUUUUUAUCACAGCGGCCCACUAAGAAGGGGGCGGGGCAGAGAGGGUGUGUUUUGUCAUCACUCAUGACAAACACGCCCCCUCUCAAAGUGAGCAUGUUGGUUCAAUGCUCUUCCAGGGCAGACCAUGCACAGAGUUCUGCUGAAGGGCUCUAGCAUGAGAAAAAAGCCCUGUAUUUGUUCUGCGCAGUGCAAGCAAAUUUAAUAACAUGCUUGCACUGUGUUUCCUUGCAACUUGUCUCUGGUGUCUCUAUAAAUGGAUACCAGGAGACAAAUGGGUCAGGAAAGAGUAUUGUGCAUGUGUUUUGGAGCCUGCUUGGGGUAUUGCGUGUGUGCAGAGUGAGCUGGUCGUGGUGUGGUAUUGUGUAGUAAGGUCGGUUUUAGUCGUGUUGUGUUUGUGGUGUAAUGUAAUGCAUAUGUGGCUAGGGGCUUUAGAGAAUGUGUGUUUAGGGGAUGUAGCAAGUGUGUGUAUACAGGCUAUAGUGUGUGUGUGUAGGUGAUGUAGUGUUUGUAGAGAGUGUGUGUUCAGGGAAUGUAGUAUGUGUUUGCUUAUGAGGAAUCUAGUGUGCGUAUAGGGGAUCCAGAGUGUGUGUGUGUUUGAAGGACCCAGAAUAUGUAUAGGAGAUCUAGUGAGCGUGCGUAUAUAAUGGAUUCAGAGUGUAUAUAGGGAUCUAGUGUGUGUAUGUGUGUAGAUGAUCCAGAGUUGGGUAGAGGAUCUAAUGUGUGUCUGGAAUGAAAUGUGUUUAGGGGUGCUGUGUGUGUGUGUGUGUGUGAGGGGUGCUGUGUGUGUGUGUGAGGGGUGCUGUGUGUGUGUGUGUGAGGGGUGCUGUGUGUGUGUGUGUGAGGGGUGCUGUGUGUAUAUUUAUAUGUGUAUAUAUAUUAUAUAAAUAUGUUUGGAAGUAUUGUGUAUGUGUGUUAGGCAGUGUAUCGGGGGGUUGUGUGUGUAUGUGAGGAGUGCAGUAUGUGUGUGUGAUGGAUCCUGUGUGUGAGGUGUGGGUGCUGUGUGUGGGUGCUGUAUGUGAUUGAUUUGUGUGAGGGUGCUGUGUGUGUGGGUGCUGUGUAUGAUGCAUGUGAGAGUGCUGAGUGUGAGAGUGCUGUGUAUGAUGUGUGUAUGAGAGUGCGGUGUAUGAUGUGUGUGAGAGUGCUGUGUGUGAGAGUGCAGAGUAUGAGAGUGCUGUGUAUGAUGUGUGUGAGAGUGCAGAGUGUGAGAGUGCUGUGUAUGAUGCGUGUGAGAGUGCUGAGUGUGAGAGUGCUGUGUAUGAUGUGUGUAUGAGAGUGCGGUGUAUGAUGUGUGUGAGAAUGCUGUGUGUGAGAGUGCUGUGUAUGAUGUGUGUGAGAAUGCUGUGUGUGAGAGUGCUGUGUAUGAUGUGUGUGAGAGUGCUGAGUGUGAGAGUGCUGUGUAUGAUGCGUGUGAGAGUGCUGAGUGUGAGAGUGCUGUGUAUGAUGUGUGUAUGAGAGUGCUGUGUAUGAUGUGUGUAUGAGAGUGCGGUGUAUGAUGUGUGUGAGAGUGCUGUGUAUGAUAGUGCAGAGUAUGAGAGUGCUGUGUGUGAGAGUGCAGAGUGUGAUGAGUGUGAGAGUGCUGUGUGUGAGAGUGGAGUGUGUGAGUGCAGAGUGUGAUGAGUGUGAGAGUGCUGUGUAUGAGAGUGCUGUGUAUGAUGUGUGUGAGAGUGCAGAGUGUGAUGUGUGUGAGAGUGCAGAGUGUGAUGAGUGCAGAGUGUGAUGAGUGUGAGAGUGCUGUGUAUGAUGUGUGUGAGAGUGCAGAGUGUGAUGAGUGCAGAGUGUGAUGAGUGUGAGAGUGCUGGGUAUGAUGUGUGUGAGAGUGCAGAGUGUGAUGAGUGCAGAGUGUGAUGAGUGUGAGAGUGCUGUGUAUGAUGUGUGUGAGAGUGCAGAGUGUGAUGAGUGCAGAGUGUGAUGAGUGUGAGAGUGCUGUGUGUGAUGUGUGUGAGAGUGCAGAGUGUGAUGAGUGCAGAGUGUGAUGAGUGCAGAGUGCUGUGUAUGAUGUGUGUAAGAGUGCAGAGUGUGAUGAGUGUGAGAGUGCUGUGUAUGAUGUGUGUGAGAGUGCAGAGUGUGAUGAGUGCAGAGUGUGAUGAGUGUGAGAGUGCUGUGUGUAAGAGUGCAGAGUGUGAUGAGUGUGAGAGUGCUGUGUAUGAUGUGUGUGAGAGUGCUGUGUGUAAAUGUGUGUUGGGGGGGUAAAUAAAAAACUAAGGGGGUGGGGGGGGUAAAUAAAGAAAUUAAAAAAAAAAACCUAAGUAGGCAUUAAAUCUCCCCUCCCACUUACCUUUAGCCUGGGAGGGGGGACCGGCAUGGUGGUAGCUGGGAGGAGGGGGGACCGGCACACUCACAUCAUCCCUGGUGGUCCAGUGGUGAGUGAACUCUAGCCUGCGGGCUAGAGUUCACUCUCGCGAGAUCCGGUCGUUGCCAUGGCAACGCGCCGGAUCUCGCGAGAGGAACCCGGCGGAGCUGCAAGAUAGAGCUCCGCCGGGUCCUCUCCCUCCCCAGCCGCCGGUCUAUUUAAAUGGGCCGGUGAGGGAGCUCUUUGAUCUCCCCACCGGCCCUCCGUGGAAGACAGCAGGGCCGGCGCUCGGAUAGUGCCGGCCCUGCAUAGACCGGCAGGGGAGAUCCUGGGACCUCCCCUGCCGGCCUCGGCCCCACGGCCACCGCGGCCCACCGGGCAUUUGCCCGGUGUGCCCGAUGGCCAGUCCGGGCCUGUAUGCAACAAUUAGAUUUCGCAAGACCAACUAAAUAUUACGUGUAUACACGGACAAGUUAAUUUGUACACAUCAAAUUUUGUGGUUAAUGGUAAUCCUUUGCUUAAUCAAGAACUUCUGUUCUGUAUGUGGAUGGUGAAGAAUUUUGGAUGGAACCAUGUGGCUAUAGGUGACACUGCCUAGGCAUCAGUAGAUGCAUGCAUUGGUUAGCAGGUUCACUUGGUUAGCAGGUUGUUUUGUACCAGAGUACUAGAUCGGUGUGGACAAGAAUGUUGUUUAGAUUUUUUUUUUUAAUUUUUUAGCGAAGUAUCACUGACCAUAACUAAAACAUAACAUAACUAGAAAAGUUACAAUUUCUGGGGAAAUUGUGUGAAGUGUUCUUGCCUCCACCAGUAGUCUACAACUGGAGUGGGCAGAGUAACUGUUAUCAUUUAUAUAGCACAUUUAAUUGCGACGUUGUUGCACAGUUACAUUAAACCAUACAUUUAUAAAAACAUUAGCAGGUGUUCAAAAGGCCCUGUCUAUGACAUCAAUUGCUGCUGCUGCCUUGCACAGGUCAGAGUAUUUUGGCGGUUGCCAUCUUCAAAUCCUACAGCAAAAAGCUUUAUAUUGUGAGAAUCACAAGACCCAGACCUACAUUUUGAUGCAUAGUAUGUCUCUGAGGUAUUAAAAAUGAAGGCACAGUCGCAGUUUAGAAAUUGCACCUCAAAUUUGAGCUUUGUAGAGUGAAGUUUCAAUGAAAGUCAAUGGACGGCGUUAGUUGCAAACAAAUGAUUAUAUUUUGAAAACUAUCAGGGCUAUGGCUUAGCCGUUGACAUGUUUAGUGGCAGAAGGGAUAGCUGAAUGUUUUGAUAUAAGAUUUGUGUAGGUGGGCCUGAAAAUAAGGGAGUGGUGGCAGUUUAGAAAUCAUGUCCUGAUUUUUCAGCUUUGGCCAGCUCCCACUCUAGCUUUGCCAUUCAUUCCUAUGGGACAAAUUUCGCCACAAGAACGACGAUAUUCCGUGAACCAUUCGGCGAAACGUUCCACAAAGUAAUAGCAAUCCGAUUGGGAACAAUCUGCACGUUUUGGUAAAUUUUUGUCUGUGUAGUGUAAAAACUGUGGGAGGAGUUAGGGUGGCAAAUUUUGCUAUAAUAAUAAUAAUAAUAAUAUAUAUGUGAGAUAACAUUAAGUGAUCUUGCUAUGCAAGAACACUUAAUAAUAUAUAUGUGAGAUAACAUUAAGUGGUCUUGCUAUGCAAGAACACUUAAUAAUAAUAAUAUAUAUGUGAGAUAACAUUAAGUGGUCUUGCUAUGCAAGAAGACUUAAUAAUAUAUAUGUGAGAUAACAUUAAGUGGUCUUGCUAUGCAAGAACACUUAAAUAUAACUAGUGUAUAUUGAGAGGUACAUAUUAAAUUACAAAAAGGAACAGGGCGUCCAGGAAUUAGGGAUUGUUAGGGCGCCAUAAUGGAUUCACUCAGUCCAGGAUUCAGGUUAAUACAUGGUGCAGAUUUCUAAAUUUUGUUUUAUCUUUCAGACUUCCCAAAGGCUAUUUAAACAUCAUAAAUGUAAACUAGAAAAGCUAAAAUUUCUGGGGAAAUUGAGUGAAGUGUUCUUGCCUCCACCAGUAGUCUACAACUGGAGUGGGCGGAGUAACUGGUUAGAGUAGCUUGAGUAACUUGUUGGUUGGAGUGGCUGGAGUAACUUGGAAAGGUGGGAGUGUGGUUCACUCACUCUACAGCAAGGGCAGAGAAGAGCUUUCAAAUCUUUCAAAUCCCUCGAACAUUCCACCAACUGCCAACAGGAACUAAUAGAUUCCAAAUAGGGCAGAGAAGAGAGGUUAAAAACAAACUGCUCCAAAUUGAUCACUUCACUGGUGGUUGCCAUCUUCAAACGGUCGUACAGCGAAGAGCUUUAUAUUGUGAGAAUCACAAGACCCAGACCUACAUUUUGAUGUCUCUGAAAUUGUCCUUCAAAUUUGAGGUGGCUAGAGUGGAGUUUCAAUGAAUGUCAAUGGACGGCAUGAGUUGCAAACAAAUGGUCAUAUUGUGAAAACUAUCAGGACUAUGGCUUAGCGGUGGACAUGUUUAGUGGCAGCAGGGAUAGCUGAAUGUUUUGAUAUAAGAUUUGUGUAGGUGGGCUUGAAAAUGAGGGAGUGGUGGCAGUUUAGAAAUCAUGUCCUAAUUUUUCAGCUUUUGCCAGCUCCCACUCUAGUUUUGAACAUUUCGCCAUUCAUUCCUAUGGGACCAAUUUCGCCACAAAAAUGACGAUAUUCCGUGAACCAUUCGGCGAAACGUUCCACAAAGUAAUAGCACACCAAUCGGGAACAAUCCGCACGGUUCGGUAUAUUACUGUCUAUGUAGUGUAAAAACUGUGGGAGGAGUUAGGGUGGUAAAUUUGGCUAUAAUAAUAAGAAUAAUAUAUAUGUGAGAUAACGGUAAGUGGUCUUGCUAUGCAAGAACACUUAAAUAUAGUGGUAAAUGACCAUAACCUAAUCAUGACUGUGUGUACACUAUGAAAGAAAAAUUGAUGCACGUGUUCAUGAUCUUUUCUGGCUUUAAUCUCCUAAAUUGUUGUAAAAUAGUUUAUAAGCGCCAUAGAUGUCAUAACAUUGUAACUUCCUGCAGCUUUUCUUUAGAAAUUGCUUGUGUCUUUACAGCUCUGUCUUAAUCUGCUACGGAAAAAGCUUUUUGACUACAUCGCUGUUGACAAUCGAGAAGAAUGAAUCUGAUCUGCUGCAACUCCUAAAUUCACU